AUGAGGGGGGGCUUGUGGCAACUUGGGCAAUCAAUCACUCGCCGACUUGCCCACGGUGAUAAGAAGGCUGUUGCUUGUCGGUAUUUUGCCAGUGAAGCGGAGCUGAAAAAGACAGUCCUUUAUGACUUCCAUGUAGUUAAUGGAGGGAAGAUGGUGCCAUUUGCUGGAUGGAGCAUGCCAAUUCAAUAUAAGGACUCGAUCAUGGACUCAACCCUGAACUGUAGGGAGAAUGGUAGCCUUUUUGAUGUUUCUCAUAUGUGCGGUCUAAGCCUCAAGGGAAAGGACUCUGUCCAAUUCCUUGAAAAGCUUGUCAUUGCUGAUGUUGCUGGGCUUGCCCCUGGAGCUGGUUCAUUGACUGUCUUCACAAAUGAAAAAGGAGGGGCAAUUGAUGAUUCAGUGAUUACCAAGGUGAAAGAUGACCACAUAUACUUGGUUGUGAAUGCUGGAUGUAGGGAUAAAGAUCUAGCUCAUAUUGAGGAGCACAUGAAGGCAUUCAAGGCAAAAGGUGGUGAUGUGUCUUGGCACAUCUAUGAUGAGAGAUCUCUUCUUGCUCUGCAGGGUCCUCUUGCUGCUCCAGUUCUUCAACACCUGACAAAAGAGGAUUUAAGCAAGAUGUACUUUGGGGAAUUCCGUGUGUUGGACAUCAACGGUGUGCAGUGCUUCCUCACAAGGACAGGGUAUACUGGGGAAGAUGGAUUUGAAAUAUCAAUUCCCUCAGAGAGUGCAGUGGAUCUUGCCAAGGCAAUUCUUGAAAAGUCUGAAGGGAAGAUAAGGCUGACAGGAUUAGGUGCUCGAGAUAGUCUUCGACUCGAAGCUGGAUUGUGUUUAUAUGGCAAUGACUUAGAACAGCACAUUACACCUAUUGAGGCAGGACUCACAUGGGCCAUAGGGAAGAGAAGGAGAGCAGAAGGGGGUUUUCUAGGAGCUGAUGUUAUACUAAAACAACUUGAAGAAGGUCCUAAGAUCAGGCGUGUUGGUUUCUUUUCUUCUGGCCCUCCUCCUAGAAGCCACAGUGAGAUUCAAGAUGAAGGGGGGAACAACAUUGGGGAAAUCACCAGUGGCGGAUUCAGCCCUUGCCUCAAGAAGAACAUUGCCAUGGGAUAUGUAAAAUCAGGAUUGCACAAGGCAGGGACCAAAGUAAAGAUCAUUAUUCGAGGAAAGUCUAAUGAAGGAGUUGUUACAAAGAUGCCAUUUGUACCAACAAAAUACUAUAAGCCGUCCUGA